AUAGGUUUCUACCAUGCGUUUUGUUUCUACAAGAAAAUGCCCCGCCGCCCCCCCUCAACCGCAACCGCAACCCCAACCCCAACCCACACCCACCCCUCCACCACCACCACCAGCACCCUCCCGCACCUCCUCACGCAACAAAACACACACCCGGCUCUGGUAGCACUCCAAACCACCCACACGGCCUCAUCCCUCAAGACGCAUCUCCAGCACGCGCAGGAGAAGUUAACCGAUGCGGCGGGGGAGAUUAAUGAGCGGUUGACGGAUGCGAGGGAGAGGGAGAGGAGGGGAGUGGAGAGGAGGAGGAGGAAAUAUAUGAAUAAUCAGAAUCAGAAUCAGGAUGAGGGGGAUGGGGAUGGGGAUGAGAAUGAGAAUGAGGGGGAAGGUGGAGAUGGGAACAGGAAUAGUCUAUCCGCAUUCGAAAACGCAGUGUCGAAGACGACGGCACAGCUCGAGGAAUCCAUGCGCGGGAGUAUCGACGCCGAAGUACGGUUUGAGAAUCUGGGGAUGGUGUUGGGAGGGUUAGAGCGGGGGGUCGUGGGGUUGUUACAAAGACGGAGGAAUUCUCGGCGGACGAGGGCGGGGGUUGCUGCUGCUGCUGCUGCUCAUGCUCAGGAGGGGGAUGAAGAUGGGGAUGAGGAGGAAGAGAAUGAAGAAGGGAGGGAUCCGCUACUGGUGCAGUUUGAGACCGGGGUGGAUGAGAAGGAGGGGGAAUGGAAUGGGUUGUCGCUUACGGAACGAUACUCCACCAACAACGCCUACAUCGGCUUCUACCGCAUCAUCCACGAAUCCAAACACACCGGCGAAGAUAUCCCCCCGCCCCCGCAUCCAUCGACCUGGUUUGCUCAUCUCGAACAACCCACCACCACUACCACCACCACUGCCGCCAGCUCAGCCAGACCAUCCCGAGCUCCCACUGCCAUCUCAAACCACCCCUCCAACCGCUCCCACCACUCUAACCCCCCCACAACCACCACCUCAGCAGAAGGAUCCUCCGACGACGAAAUCGCCAUCCAAACCGAGCGCCUAUCCCUCAGAUGCCCAUUAACCCUCCUCCCCUUCACCGAUCCCGUGAGCAGCACCAAAUGCCCCCACAGUUUCGAGCGCGCCGCGAUCACAGACAUGAUAGCGCGGAGUAAAUCCACCGUUCCGGAUCCGAGAGCUGCAGCAGCAGGGGGAAGGGUGCGAAGAGUCCGCAGUGCCAAGUGUCCGGUUUGCGAGGUUGUGUUGACGGAGGGGGAUUUGAGGAGUGAUCCGGUUUUGGCGAGGAGGGUGAAGAGGAUGCUUGCUGUGCAACGCGAAGAAGAGGAGGGGAGUGGGGAGGAGGAAGGGGAGGGGGGGAGGGGGAAGAGGAAGAGGGGGAGGGAGAUUGAGUUGGGGAGUGGGGAUGAAGAGGGGGAUGAGGAGGGGGAUGGGGAGGGGGAUGGGGAGGAGAGGAUUCGGGUCAAGAGGGAGCGGGGGAUGUCGGUGGCGAGGAUUAAGCGGGAGAGGGCGAUGUCGGUGGCUGUGGGGGAUGUGGAGGUUGUUGAUGUUGAUGCAGCAGAGGGAGAAGAGCAAGACGGAUCUGGCGAUGGAGAAACAGAGGACGCAGAAAUGGAAGACGAUCAGGAGGAAGAUGAUGAAGAGAUGGAUGGGGAAGAUGAAUCCGGAGCAGAAGAUGCGGAAAUGAGUGAUGAAGUUGCAGACGAGGCAACCUCAACCAGCACCGAUGCAGAAAUGUCCGACUGAACUAUUGCUACGGGCACGGGCACAGCACAUGCUAUUUGAAUGAUUAUUAUCGCUCACCCGCACUAAAGCACCGGGUAUAAUAAAUACAAGAAGCAGAACAU